GAGGCGGAUGAGGAAGGAUGAAGUCCGGCUGGAUGGAAUGAGCGGCGGAGGGAUCCAUGUUCUUGCGCUCAGGCCAUCCGCUCUUCCGCCCAGUUUUCCGAUGUGAUCCGUCUGCGCUGAAAUGGAGUUCGCGUAAAGCAGAUCCCACAAACUUCCCAGGAAGAAUUCCCAUCGCGCGGCACGUUCCUCUCACGGAUUCUGUCCCAAUCUUAGACUCUGGUUCCCGAGGAGUGGACAGCAGCGGGCUCUUCGUCCCAUCGCUGCACUUCUUUCGAGGGAAGUUGUCGCCUGAUCGGCUCGUGUGGAUUUUCCUAACUCGGUUUCGCUGGGUUUGGUUGGUGGGAUCAGGAUGAGGAAGGCUUCGAUGGUUUCCCCUCUGGAUGUGAUUUCUCGGUCAGGGUCGAAGUGUCGCUUCCAGUGCUUCCACACUCCCUUCCCGUUCUGAGUCCUGCAGAGAGGCUCUUCCCUCGAUGAUGGCCUUUCAUGCUGCUUUCACCGACAACAUGGAGAUAUCUGCGCUUUAUUUCCCCGCCGUGAGUGCGAGCUCGAGCAUAUUUUCAGGAUUUGGAUCCCCGUGAGAAAAAAUGAGCGAAGAAUCAAAUCCAAACAGCGAGGAGAGUUAUGCGUGUGUGAGAGCGGUGGUCAUGGCUCGUGAUGACUCCAGCGGUGGAUGGCUUCCUCUGGGCUCCGGGGGACUCAGCUGUGUCUCCGUACACAAGGUCAGCCGGACGGAGGCCGACGGCUCCAGCGGAGCAGAUUUCAUCAUCCACGGAGAGCGGCUCAGAGACAAAACGGUGCUGCUGGACUGCGUCAUCAGGAGGGAUCUGGUCUAUAAUAAAGUCAAUCCCAUCUUCCACCACUGGAGGAUCGGCAGCAUGAAGUUCGGCCUGACCUUCCAGAGCCCAGCGGACGCCAGGGCCUUCGACCGCGGGAUCCGGCGAGCCAUGGAGGACAUCAGACCAGGUGGAGCACUGUGCAGCGACACGGACGAUCCUGAAGACACCUCAUCACAGGAGACCGUGUCUGUCGGUACGCCAGUGAGAGACGUCUUCUGUUCUCGUGGUGUUGUGUCCACUGAGCCCUUCCGCAGCUCUUACAUACGAGCUCAGCCCUUCGACGAGGCUCUUACUGCCAGCCAGCGGUUCCUGCCUCCACAGGUUUCCUUCAGCAGCAGGCGGCACGUGAGCUUUCACAUGGACGAGGAGGAGAUCGUGCGCAUCAACCCGCGCAAGGACGUCCUCAUCCGCGGCUACGAGGACUACCGGCACCCGGUGCUGUGGAAGCAGGACCCGGAGCACGAGGAGCACGACGCCUCCGCUGCCUUCUCCAAGCUGGAGGGUAAGAAGUGUGACUUCCUGUUCGGCGAGGACCCGGAGCGGCACAGCGGCGGCAAGGACCCCGUCAAGACACAGCAGCCGCCGGCCCUCGGCAAGAGCAAGGCGUCCCGGCGGCGGAGAGAGGACGGAGAGCGCUCGCGCUGCAUCUACUGCAGAGAGAUGUUCAACCACGAGGACAACUGGCGCGGACAGUGCCAGGACGCACCCGACCCCAUCAAGCAGUGCAUCUACAAGGUGAGCUGCAUGCUGUGUGCCGAGAGCAUGCUGUACCACUGCAUGUCCGACUCGGAGGGAGACUUCUCGGACCCGUGCUCCUGCGACGCCAGCGAGGAGCAGUUCUGUGUGCGCUGGCUGGCGCUGCUGGGGCUGUCUCUGCUGGCGCCCUGCAUGUGCUGCUACCCACCGCUGCGCGCCUGCCACCGCUGCGGAGAGGCCUGCCGCUGCUGCGGAGGGAAGCACAAGGCUGCGGGCUGAGCGCUGGCUUCUGUGGCCCGACACGGGCGAAGCGUCACUCACCGCUCGACUGGAGCUUGUGGAGAGAGCGGCCGAGCGCGGAGGAGCUCCUGACCUGAGGAGGACCGUCCUGGAAGCACGGACACCAGGAGGAAGCGCACGUCCGGAGCGACACGUCGCAUCUAACUAUGUGAAGAAAUCAUAAUCCUAUCGUGUCUUGUACAGAGAUCUAACAAAGGGAUUUCCGCUCUUGGCUUUUUCGUGCAGUUAUUAACCGUGGCCUUUUCUUUUUCGACGCUAGGAAGUGCACAGACUCGUUGUUUUGCUCCCUCAUCGUGUUUCCUAAAGCAGAGCGCUGAUGUUUUCAAUCAAACAGCACUUAUUAUAAUCCCACAAGCGCUUCGAUUACAGAAGCUGCUCUCUGACUUUAUUCUCGGAGGACAUUAUUCUCACGGUGGAAUAUAAGUGUUUAUUUUGCAUGCAUGUUUAAAGCUGACGCUAAAUCUUGUUUUGACUAAUAAUCAGAUGUUUUGUGCAAAGAUGAUCUGUCAGUGUUGUGGGAAAGAACGACGGUUUACUUUCUAUGCAAGUAUUUCCACGAGACGCUCGGCUGUACAUAUCCACACUACUCCCGCAGUGACGGUACCCAUCGUGGUUUGGUUUCACAGCAUCAUGUACAUAAGUCACAUUUUAAUAUUGUUUCACAUUGAAAAGUAGUGGAGACGACGGAGAAGACGUGUGAGGCUUGAAUGUGUAGAGAUUCUCUCUAGUUUUGUAUCGCAGACAGUAAAUAGUGCUCCGAACAAACGUCUUAUGAAGCUGCUGGAAACAAUCACUAACCGCAUCACAAGAUUUAAUCAGAUGACUGUUAAUGGUGAUCUAGUUCUCCAGCACGGUUUAACUCUUCUGUGUUGCUUCUUCUGGUGAUCG